AUGCUCGAAUUACGAAGUUGUAGUAAUUUGGUCAAUAGUAGUAGGAGACUUGUGCCUCUGGUGACUUAUUCCGGACUAAGUGCAAUAACAUUGCCUAAAUCUCGAUUUUAUUCACAGCCUAGUGCUUUAGAAGUACAGGGCACAUCGGAUUCUCGAAGCGAUAAUAUUUUAGACGAACUCAAACAAAGGGGUCUAGUGUCCCAGGUCUCACAGCCAGAGAGUUUCCUUCGGACGAAGUUGAACGGUAACGAUAAGAUCAAAUUAUACUGCGGGGUGGAUCCCACAGCUCAGUCACUUCAUUUGGGAAAUCUAGUUCCACUAAUGGUUUUAUUACACUUUUACGUAAAAGGUCACGACAUUGUCACUGUGAUAGGUGGAGCUACAGGGAAAGUUGGGGACCCAAGUGGUAGGAAAACAGAAAGAGACGUUAUGGAGAACGAUAUUAGGCAAAGCAAUGUGGCAUCCAUCUCGCAGCAAUUACAAAGGUUUUUCAAAAAUGGCCUAGAAUAUUACAGAAACCGAUGUGCUCUCACUGAAGAUGUACCUUCCGGAAAAUAUACACCAAGGAAUAAUUUCAACUGGUGGAAAGACAUCAAAAUGUUGGAUUUCUUAGCUGAUUUUGGUAGGCACAUUCGGGUACAAUCUAUGUUGGCGAGGGAUUCAAUUUCUUCGAGGCUUCAAACCAAAAAUGGUCUGGGAUUUAACGAAUUUACUUACCAAGUUUUACAAGCGUACGAUUUUUACCAUUUGUAUAAGGAAGAGAAUGUGACUAUACAAGUAGGUGGUAACGACCAAUGGGGAAAUAUAACAGCCGGUAUCGAUCUCAUCAAUAGGAUACAGCCUAUAAAGAAUAAGGGUUUGCCAUUUGGUAUCACUGUGCCCUUGUUGACGACGGCUACAGGAGAGAAAUUUGGGAAAAGUGCAGGCAAUGCUGUUUUUAUUGACCCCUCAAUCAAUACGGCGUAUGAUGUUUACCAGUUCUUUUAUAAUACUUUGGAUGCUGAUGUACCCAAGUUCUUGAAGAUCUUUACGUUUUUAAACUCAAGUGAAAUCAAAAAAAUUGUGGAAACGCAUAUCAAAUCACCCAGUCUACGUUAUGGCCAAACUUUAUUGGCUAAAGAAGUCACAGAUAUGUUAUAUGGAGUUGGCUCCGGAUCGGAUUCAGAAGCGCUUUCUAAUAUUAUUUUUGGACGUUAUGACGGAACUUUAUCUGCUGCGAAGUUAGUUGAUCUAUGUAAAAAAGCCAGAAUUUUGCAGUAUGCUGAUAGAGAGAUUGACUUAAUAAAGUUAAUUUGUAAACUAGUAAAUUGUUCAGUAUCAGAAGCCAGAAGAAAACUUUCCCAGGGAAGCGUGUAUCUGCAUCAUUCAAAAUCUAAAGUAAACGAAAAUAUUUCUAACUUGGCUCCUUUCCUGAUAGAUGAUCGAGUACUGAUCUUGAGGAUAGGAAAGCAGAAGUGUUUUAUAAUAGAAAUGCGUUAA